AUGUCCAGCGACACUGUAUCCUCUUCAGCGCGAGGAGCCGGGUUCCUCAUCCUCCUACAAAUCUCCUCCCGGGCCCUCACGUUCGCCCUCAAUCAAGUACUACUGCGCUUCCUCUCCCCAGCACUCCUCGGUGCAUCGGUUCAACUGGAACUCUACAUCAUCUCCGCGCAUCACUUUGCCCGAGAAAGUCUUCGCGUGGCAUGUCAGCGUCAGCCGGAAGGAGGUAUUCAAGCAGCCAUUAACCUUUCCUAUCUGGCGAUUGCUGGAGGCUGUCCGAUUGCGUUAUUCCUCGCACAAUGGUAUCUGAGUACCAGCUAUCCGGAUGUGCCAUAUUUCGUUGAAGCUCUGCGGAUCUGCGAGCUGGCUGCAAUUGUGGAACUCUUCUCGGAACCAGCAUUUGUUGCUGUGCAGCAAAACAUGCUCUACAAGACUCGAGCGGCAGCAGAAGCAUCGGCUGUUGUUGUGAAAACAUUCACCACUGCAGCCAUCGUCUUCUGGGGCCAGCACAAGGAUAUUGAGCUAGGAGUGCUCCCAUUUGCUGCCGGCGAGCUGGCGUAUUGUUCCAUUCUCACUCUCGUCUACUUGUGGCAGACUGUGCCUGUAGCACGGCUGCAGAAGUUCUCUCUUUUGCCGCGCGUGUUCAGCUCGAGGUGUAAUCAGUUUGUCCUUGGUCUCUUUUCCAAACCCCUGCUGAACCUCUCCGUCUCACUGUACAUUCAGUCCGGCAUCAAGUAUGUUCUGACCCAGGGAGAUGUCAUUGUCAGCACGGCACUUGCCUCUCUUGAAGAUCAAGGAAUGUAUGCAUUGUCUGCCAAUUACGGCGGGCUGAUCGCGAGAAUGGUCUUUCGUCCGAUCGAGGACAGCACAAGAAACAUGUUCGCGAAGCUCUGCGCCCCUACCACUACUCCAACCGCCUCUCUCGCUCAGGCUGCCACGAUUCUCAGGGACAUCCUCCGCAUCUACACAAUAUUCUCGCUCAUCGCCUUCGCCGUGGGACCAUCUGCAGCACCGCUUCUGCUGCAACUCGUAGCAGGAUCACGCUGGUCAGCAUCUGGAGCCGGAGAAGUGCUCGGAACAUACUGCUAUUGCAUACCGCUCCUUGCAAUCAACGGCGUCAGCGAAGCCUUCGUCGCAGCUACCGCAUCGACCAAGGACCUUCACUGGCAAAGCAUCUGGAUGGGAGCUUUCUCGGCAGGUUUCGCGGCCAGCGCAUACAUUUUCUUGCGAGUGCUCGAGCUCGGCGCGAAUGGCCUCGUGUGGGCGAAUUGCGUCAAUAUGGGACUACGCAUUGUGUUCAAUUUUUUCUUUGUUUCUUCGUACUUCAAGAGGAACGGACAGGACUUCAAUCUUGUCGACAUACUUCCCAAUCCUUAUGCGAUAGCAGCAACGGCAGUCGUACCAAGCUUACUUGCCCGGUCCGGCAGCCUAACUGCCCAAUACGGCUUGCUCGGAGAUCUCGUGCGUGUUGGCGGUGUGGGUGCGGCAUUCGCGUUGUUCGUGUGA